GACGUAACGUUUUCUUAUUAAUAAAUAUAUAAAACAAACUUGCGUUGCGUGCUGGAAAACUGCAGGAUAAACGUAACAGUAGCUGUCAAAUACCCUUAAAUGUUCCAGGCUAGCUAGGUGGUGUAUCAUCUUAACACAGUGUUCAAUCUUUGAGCAUUUACAAUCGGUGCCCAGCUUCAUCGCCCCCUGCCGGACCGGAGGGGGAACCCCCCAUUUAAAGCGCUGUUGCUAGGAUACGCAGCACCACAUUGGCGCUGCAGCAGUUUGUUCAGCGCGUGAGAAACGUCACUAACAAGCGUAUCAAAAGUUUGUUUCAGCCCCCCCCCCCCUUUCAUCCAGAUACAUGGAUUUAGAUGAGACAUCGAGAUGACUGCUGCGUCCUGUAAACUGGAGGACGGACAGAGACAUGGAACCAUGGGUUUCCCUGCUCGGUCAUUGCUCCAUCGAAGGAAGGACGGUGAUGGACACUGGCUUGUGGCUUACAGGAAGGCAGAGGAGCAGAGUGACAGUCACGUGCACAGACGGAUUAAAGAGACUCAUAAAGAACACGUGAACACUGCAGUGACUGAUGCUCCUCACGGUCACACGUUAAACGGACCCUUCCUCCUGCGGUUACAUUGUGUGGAUAAACCAUCUGAGCUGUGCACCGUUCACAUCAGUGAACAGGAGCUGGAUUCUGUGACGCCUGAAGAUCUCAAGUUGUUCGAUAGCGUAGCUUACAUCGAUGCCUCCGUCAACCUCCUGUCUUUAGGGUCUUUCAGCAGUUUUGUGUCUUUACGAGAACUCAAUCUGUCUGUGAACGGGAUUCACCACAUGACGUUUGAUGCCUCUGACUUCCCUCAUCUCAAGGUUUUAGAUUUGUCCUACAACAGUCUGUCAGCUGAUGAUGUUGUGUCCGUCGGUCGUCUUCCUCGUCUUAAAGUGCUUCAUCUGACUGGAAAUCAGCUUCAUCAUCUUCCUCCUGAUCUGGGAUCAACUCAGCUGUCAGCUGCAGAAGAAGACUCACAGUUUAAAGCUCUGGAAGUUCUGAUGCUUGAUGACAACAAACUUUCCUCUGGAGUCUUCAACAGUCUCAGAAACCUGAAAAGGUUAAAGUAUUUAAAUCUACAGGGGAACCGCAUUUCUGAAAUCCCAUACGUGCAUCCAAUGGGCUCUUUAGCACCUGCAUCCAUUUCUGAAAAGGAACCCGGGGAAGACGAACCUGCAGCUCACACUGAGCCAGACCCUAACAACGAUGACUCUGUCAAGAGAACGUCGCAGGAAAACCUGGAGGAGCUCUUCAAGGGAUCCAGUUUGCCACUGCCAGAGCUUCAGUUCCUCAAUUUAUCUGACAACAAAAUUGCAGAGGAGGAAGCACUGAUGGCCGCCGCUUUUUUCCCCAUGCUUCGUGAAAUCGAUAUUCACUCCAACCCUCUGACCACGCACAGAAGCGGAGACCCCCCCUUGCUGACCUACUACCUCCAGGAGAGACUGGGAAUAACACUAAAGCGUAAAGGGACACGAGAAGUUGUGAAGAUGCCGCUGAAAGUGUCCACUGAUCCAAAAUGGAAGGUGGUGGAAAGAAUCCCAAAGGUGUCAAAGAAACACUUUCUGGUGGACGAGGAAACUGUAAAGAAAACGCCGGAGUGUGAGGGGAAGACCAACGAAGACGGCCCCUUCACAGACAACACUGACUUCUUUGUCACUCAGGCUCCAGACGUUUCUAACUUUGAUGAAAAAGAGACGACAGAGCACGAGGACGCCGCCGUUCCUGAAGAAUUCCACCAUUGCCAAACGUUGACGGACGCGAAACCAAACCCCGGUGUGGUGGAGCCCGUUGGAAUUCAAACAGCUGUUCGGAUGCUGGAACACACACUGAAGACUCUGAAUGUUUACGGAGACUCAAAACCAAAGUCUGAUAGCAUCCAGAUGCCACACAGAGAGAAAGAGAGGAAGAUAAAAGAUCUUCCACCUCUGAGACCGGCGAGGCAGCCGGCAGAGAGGGUGGAUGAAAUGCUCAAGCAAAUCAGAGAGAGUACAACGAUGAGAGAACUGAACCUGAGCGAUGCCCUACACGGCACACGUGUCAACAAGCAAGAACAUAAGGAGGUUUUAUCGCUGCUGAGGGACAUGAAGACAAAGUACAAGAUGCUGCACAAGAAAAGCAUUGAACAACUAGCCAGCGUUGAGUCCGACAGAAACACAGACCUUCAUGAAGCUCCACCUCCACCUGGUCAGACGAUCUAAUUCAUGUUCAGAUGUUUAGAUGCACUUGUCUUCCUGCUUUGCUGAUGGAGGUGUAGACCCGGUGUGUGAGGAACUGAAAUCUCCAUCUCAUUAACACUAUCAAAGGAAUAUGGUAUGUCUUAAUAUGUCAAAUGUUUUGAAAACAUCUGGAGAAUAUUUAUACUCUGUCAGAUAAAGGUAAUAAAUAGAUUUACUAUCUCAUACCUCCUGGUUUGUUAUAAGGUAUUUGGCUUUAUAGGUAUCGGACAUAUUCAAUUGUAUGAUUCAUAUAUGUUUGGUCAUUAUUUCAUUUCCAUCAGGCCGGAUCCAGAGCACUCAGCCGAGCAGUUGUUUGUCAUUUGUGAGCGGACCUCAGCAGCUCAGUGAGAUUUACAGCUCACACGAUCAUGUCUUAUUACAGCACUGGUUGAUCUGUUAAACAUGACGUUCCAACAAGCUCAAUGUUUCUUUUUUCAUCUGGAGUCAUGUUUCAAUGUUUGUUUUCGUUGUUCAUUCCUCGUUUGAUUUCAUGGCUCGGUCCUUCAUAUGAUUCCAAUUAUUUGUCUUCGGCGCCGCUCGCAGGUUUUGUGGAAUGCGAGGUCAGCCCAGGUGAAAUAAAUCAAUAGGUGCUGUGACGAUGCUGUCAUGCGCGAUUCGACUUUAUUACCUUCAUCUGGGAAUAUUUCCCUGCUUCUGUAUCUAUUAAAUGGUAAAUAAAAUAUUCAUUACAUAUUGUUGAAUAUACCCGAUGAAAUCUGUGGGCCUUGUCACCCUGUCCCAUAAUUCAUGUUUUUAUUUGAAAUAACUAAAAAGUUGUAUUUUCAUUUAAUUUCAAAUGUCAUUUAAACCAUGAUAUUAAUUUAUUAUCAAAAUAUUUUCAGAUAUAUUACCUUUUAAUUUUGGAUUGAGAAGACUGCUUCUCAUCGACAGUGAAGAGCCAAUAUCAAAUAUUUUGUUUAGAAUUAUUACAAUAACCGACCAAAAUGAAACUGGCUAUUUGUAUAGUGACACAAGCAUAACUGAGAGCGGUUAUUUGGUUGUAAUGAAAUUUGCAAAAUCGGAUAUCAGAAAAUUCAAAAGAAGAAAUAAACAUAAAGUCCCAGCAACAUGUAAAAGAGGUAUUUCUCUCUGUUGAAGAGAUUCAGGUCCUGGAAACUCUCAGUGGGCAAACACCUGGCCGUCAGUCUGUGCCUGAGUUUUUUUUUCUGUUAACCACGAUACUUUUACUGCUCUACCCAGACUCUAGUGAAACUCAAAGUAAAGGCCUUCAGAGAAUUUAGUUGGAGGCUGUUCUCCAGCCAGUGAGUCCUGGUACGAAUUAACUUCUGACAGGAAAGCUGCUUCCAAAGCUGUGAUUGUGAAGUGAUAAUGAUUCGUUCUUAAAGCUCUCACACGUUGCACGAGUGCAGCGUUUUCAUGCUGGAAGUGGACACGUACCGACGUUGUGAGAGAGUUUGUUGUACAUGUUGGUUUUUCCACAAACAAUGAUCAGUCAGAGUAACCACUAAUGUAAUCCAUGCAGACAGAAGGCACUCACUGACCUCAGCUCUAACCUCUUUUAUGCAGACUGUUCAACUGCGAGAAUGUGGCCUCACAAGACCCUUGAGUAACGAAUAAGAAACAGUUAUUUAUCACAUGCCAAUGUUCAUAAUAUUAGAAUAAGUUUAUAUGUUAGCUAAUAUCAACGUUUUAAAUAAACUACAAAUUAGCACCAUAAACUAAUAAAACCCCCUUUGCCCCCAGCUCCUAUCUUCCUUAUCUUUUUAACAGCCUACAAGCAUCAGUUCCCGUCUCAUACUCUUACCACUACCUUUCUCUUCAAAUAGGGUCAGAGUUGAAAAAAUAAAGGUAAUGGACAACUUGACAUUCCCUUAUGGUUCUGAUUAGGUGAUAUGUAGGCUGCACAAUCAAAUGCUUCAGUUUAUCUCACCAUGGACUCUACUAUAUUUAAAAAUGGACGACACAACUUUUCCCAAAAGUGAAGCCAAAGCAUCUCAAUAGCCACCUGCUGGCUGGCUGCAGUAUGGGUCAUAAACCCUGGCUCUUUCAUGUUAGCGGAUGGAGCAUGGACUAAACUUAAGUCAAAAUACACUCAAAUUUAUUUUUCUUAAAGAUGGUUUCUGUUAUUUUAGGUGUCUGGUUUUAAUAAGUUAUUUCAUGCUAUAAAAACAUAGUGAAACCUAAUGAUUGACAGCUGAGACUGGCUCCAAAUGGGGAACAUGGCAGCGUUCCUUUUGGGAUAUUUUAGCUUGACUUGUCUAGUGGGAGGAAGUUGAGAUGCAACGUCCAUUUUAAUAUACAGUCCAGGGUCAGUGGGACGAGUUGAAUAUAUAUGUGAAAAUGUAUAAAACAAUUAUACAGCAGUCAGAAGUGUAUUAUACAUCUUUAAUUUUUUAUUUUAUAAUUGCACAAAACCUUUGUUAACAGUUGUGUUUCCUUGAUGGUGAUGAAAAUCAUUAUCAUCAAGAGCAACACACCAUCAUCAAAAAUCAUCAAACAGAGCAACUGAUUUUGUGUCGUAUAUAAAGUGCUAGAGGGAUACAUUUUUAUAUUUUUAAUCCGUAGUUCAACUUUCAAAAACAUUGGCUACUUCUGGAUUUUCCCACGUUGCAACCUGAUAGUGUCUCUCAUCAGAACCUCCCUGUCUGGUACAUGUUGUAUUGGGGUGACCCUGAUGACAUCACAAUGACAUCAUCAAUGUUUUUUCCCCCAGCUCAAUCCAGCACCACAGGACACAUGGAGCUCAGCGUAAGUUCAAUAAGGAAGACCUAAACCUGCUUACAGAUCAGCUGACUGUGGGCGGUCCUAAAUAUUGGUACCGCCACAGGAGGGCUUAACCUGCAUGCUGUCAGCUGAUCGUGGGCGUUCCCAAACAUCCAAUCAAGCCCGCGCGGUUUCCUUCAGCCAGUCACACAGUAGCUGUCAAACUUUAAAAAUCCCUUCUCUCUCUUCCUCAGCAGUGUCAAUGCAGCGACUCGCACUCCUCCACCCCAAUCUCCUCCAGUCCUGAGAUGAACAUUCAUCACCUCUUUCGAAUCCCGAUGACAACGGAUCACGGGCUACGGUGGCAGCCUGACAACAUACUUGUUACUCGUGGCAUCCAUUGCACUUCUGUCCAUCCUGGAAGAGGGAUCCCUCGCAUGCGGCUCUUCCUGAGGUUUCUACGUUUUUCCCUCAAGAAGGGUGUUGUCGUAGUUUUUCCUUACUCUUGUGAGGGUUAAGGACAGAGGAUGUCACACUUAGGAAGUCCAACAGGACAAUGCUCAUAUAUUGGCCAUCCAAACAAACAAUGACUGAUGAACCACCACCAGUGUCUAGACCCCGGGGGGGUAUUCCUGUACGGCGCUCUGUUCCAACCCCUUCCUAAUCCUGAUGACAUCACACAAGGGUCUAUAAUGCCACUCAACUAUAAAUAUUCGC